AUGGACAAUGAAAGUUUUGAAGGUUCAUUUGAUGAGUACUGUCAAAACAAAGGUAAUAAUAAGCCUUAUUGUGUUGUAUUUGAAAGUGAUACUGUUCAAAUGAAGAAAGAGUGGGAUUUUUCAUUUAUCCCAACUAUCGAAUUAACUCUUCGUUUAUUUGGGAAUUGCCCAUAUAGUAUUAUCCUUCCUAAGACAUUAGUUAAAUUAACUAUUGAAAUGUGGCAUGAAGAUGGGCAAGUAAUAAUUCCACAAUUUACUUAUCCAGAAACAGGGUUUAAGGAAAUAACAUUCAGUUCAAUACAAAGUAACGACCAAAUUGAAGUCACAAUUCCACAAACAGUCAAUUCAAUUUCAUUUUUAACUUGUUGUAAUAUCAUUUGUAUUAAUGAAUUCCUUCAAAUUAAUUCACUUGAAGUAACAGAAUCAAAUAAAUGUUGUGUCCAAUCAAAACAUUCACAACUAAUAAUGUCUGAUAAUGAAUUAUUUAUAAAAAAUAUUAAUGAAUUCAUUUGUUUUGCUUUGGCUAUUGAUCAUUAUCAAUCUGAUAAUGUAAAAAUGGCAUCUAUUACAACGUCAAAUCAAGCCAUUCAUAUUGACUCAAAACAUAUUGAUUCUUUAAGUCUUGCUUUUGAUGCUUCAGAUAUUUCUGAUACUAAUGACAUAGAGUCAACUCAUAUGGACUUAACAGAAUUAACGCUCAAUUCAUUAGAACUUACUGGGUAUGAAAACUCUUCAUUUGUCCUUCCAAAUACAUUAUCUACUUUAACUCUCUCAUACUGUAAAUCUCUUUGGUUAUCAACACUAACUGGACUUGAAAAUGAACUUGAUGUAUCAACUGAGUGUUGUGAAAAAUGUAUGUUAAACAAUUCUUUAUUACCUUCAGAUAGUCCGUAUUAA